AUGGACUUCCAGAUCGUAAAUCCCUUAAAUGUUCGGUUAAAUAAGAUCUCAGGCAAUUUGUUACCUAUCACUGGCGAUAAUUCAUCAUUUCCUAUAGCAUGGAAGAUAUACAGCAUUAUCGUAUGGCUAAUUGAGCUAUUUCAAACUAGCACAACGAUCUGUGGAUUUGUAUUAGUGGCGAAACGCGAGAAUCUGCAGGAUGGUGGAACACUUAGCAUCGUGGUGAGCAUUGAAGUAUUCGUUUUGCUCACGCGUAUGCACGCAUACAGAGGUCUAGCGAAUCAAUUAAUCAAAAAGCUAAAUGACAUCCUGCACUCUGAGGACGAGACAAUGAAGAGCAUCGUACGUUCGACCUUGAAACCAAUAGAGACUCCACUCGAGGUUUACUCGAUAGCUGGAACUGGGUCUGUAAUACUAUGGUGCUGCAUUCCGCUCGUAUUGAUUUUCAAGAAGAAGUAUUUUUUCUAUGAAGAUUUUGGGCUAACAGCAGCCUAUUCGAAACAACCGUUCUCAAUAAACAUUUUUGUGCUGGGCAAUGUAAUUCAAAUCAUUGCUAGUGCGCUUAUGUUCCUAAAAAAAGUUGCUAUGGAUGUAUACAUGAUAAAUCUCGUAUUAUUAUUGACAGCACAGUAUCGUUACAUCGCGGUGAAGCUUGCAACAAUAUUUCGUAAUCAUACUUCACAAGAUAAACCUAAUGAAUAUCAAAAGGAAUAUUCUAUGAAUUCAUUAAUAGAGAAAGAAAUGAAAACAUUAUGUCGACAUCAUACCGUUACACUUCAGUAA